GGUAAAGAGGUCAAGAGUUCGAACCAUUCUAAAGAAGUUCACAAGGAAAACCACAACUCGAUAUGUUGUUACCAAGUUCCUCUGCAGUGAUACUUUGCCUCUUUGCUGUUAUUUUUCCAGUCAGGGGUGAUCAUCAUAUAGACGAACAUUCAGUGGAGUGUAAGGGAAAUCACUGUCCCAAGCCGAUGCCUGAUGUUUAUCAGAAACCAUUUCGCCCUAAGUCGUGCGUUGAUUACUAUGCACCAGGCAAAUCGACAUGUGGCAUUUACCGGCUUUUCGACGAGCAUGGCAACAGUUAUCCCGCCUACUGCGACUUCAAGUCUGAGCCAGGUACAGCAUGGACCCUGGUGAUGUCCUGGGCUAACAUCAAUCGUGGGCUUCCUGAGUUCAGACAAACUCCUUUCAAGUACGACGCUCCAAUCAACGAGAAUUCUCAUAACUGGUAUAUGUACCGCCAGAGUCUGAAGCGAAUAAGGUCCCUUGCAGCCCACUCAACUCACUGGCGAGCAACCUGCAACUACCCAAGCCAUGGUGUCGAUUUCACAGACUACGUCCGUGGUAACUUUAAGGACUUCGACAUUGUUAACUUCAUUGGGUCUGGAGUGUGCAAGAAGGUGGAACACGUGAACAUCCGGGGACAUAUUGGCACUCAUCUUACAGCACGCUUCUGGCAGGUUAACGACACUUUCACCUUGCAUAUCGACAGCGCUAGUGACGGCUGCGAUUUUGACCCAAGGGCUGGCUCGGUGCUGUCUGAAGACAACUUUGGGUUCUAUUCUGUUAUCAACCCUAAGUUCCGUUGCACCAAGAGAAAGUUCUCCACCACACAAUGGUGGUUCGGAGCUCAUCUCUAGCCCAUCCUACUAAAGGCUCUUGCAGAAACGGAUAAGCCAUUGGCUUCAUCAUCUUAUUGUUGUGAUCCUGUAGCUCUGAUUUAGAAAAUAGUAUUGACAGAUGUUAAUAAGUAGAUGCUUUAAAAAA